UAGACCGAUACUCUACACCAUGGACACCGUCCUGCUGACGUCCUUCCUCGCCCUCCCGAUGUUCAGUGAGAUUUUAGCAGAAGAAAUUUGGAAACAGGAUCUUUCGAAAGAAAUGCAAAUAGGAGCUUCCACGGAAGGAUACGACCGGGUAGGACUUCGUUGCGGAGCGGAAACAAUGACGGUGGAACUCAGAACUGUCGACGAUUUUUCUGGAGUAAUUUAUACACAAGGCAGCUUCCAUUCGAGAGAACCACCCUGUUUCCUCGACCCUGUUCGAGGCAGAAGCUUUACUAUGAGCAUUCCUUUGGGUGAAUGUGCCACAGAACAGGAAGGCAACAAGUAUAGCAACGUCGUCGUCAUCCAACACGAUGACGAACUCUUAACUCCAGGAGAUGCCGCUUUCACCCUAGAAUGUGAUUUUUCACGACCACGGGAUCUCACGGUCACGGCCGAUUUCAAUGGGAGGAAGAAUAAGGCCGCGAAAUCGAGUAUCGCUCUCGUGGAUGCUGAUCCUGGAAGAGACCGACGGAAACGAGCCGCAUAUGUGGAAAGCGACACACCAGAAGUCGUUUUCACGCCUGAUUCACUUCGAUAAUACAAAGGAAGGGACUUUUCCUACCCCGCCAAGAAUCUUGCCAGCACGCAGUUCCAGUAUUGAACAAAAAAAUACUCGAAAUUCUGCAACAAUAGUAAUUCACUUGUUUUGCAUAAAAGAGAAGUAGAAUCGCAAUAAGCGCUUCUAGUGGAAAUUCUCGACGACAAAGAAUAUUUUAAGCUCCGUUCAUUUAUGCAAUAUUGAUCUUUGUUAACUGUCUCGAUAUCUGUGAAAUAGAAAAGUCAUGCAGCAUACUCUAUGGAAAUAUUUCUCGCGCCACACAGUAAUAUUCUAACAAUUUGCGACACGUUAGCUACAAAUCUUUGCAUGUAUAUGACGUGAGUGUACGUAAUUAUCGGACUCGAUAACCUUUCCUGCACUCAAGAAAAAUGUGUACCAGUGUACAACUACACAUUGAAGACUUGUAAAUCAUUUAGCCAUAUCAUCUAAAAGUUAUCCCAAAAGCUUGAAAAUACCCUGGAUCGAUACAAUCGUCCUGUACCGACUCAUUUGAUGUCACUGUGUCUUGACGAAAUCAUACAUACAUAAGGAAGAGAUAAACAUAAAUAAUCUUAGACGAUGGCACGAA